AUGGUCAUUUGGCAAAAAUGGCAGCAUCGACCAGUAAUCGUGAGCUUUGACGACAAAUCCACGAUCGUUGGAACGAUCCCAUUUCCUGCAGUUACUAUCUGUUCAACCAACAAGUUUCUCGAGGAUAAAAUUGACAAAGAUUUAUUCAUAGAAACGCUUACAGCAAUGAAUAAUGACAAAAUGGCCUAUAAAAGAUUAACACCCAAAAAUCUAAAUCGGCUCGAUGCAAUUCUACACGUUUGUUUGAAAGAAUUGGGAAAUUUGGUCGACGGCCUCGUCAUUCCACGAACCGAAUCGAUUCAUAAAACCAUUAUCGAAAUGAGCCCGGACGUGAAUUCGGUCAUCCUUUUUGCAACAUUCAUGAUAACACCUGAGUUGAUGACAGUUAAUGACGAUAAUCGAAACGUCAGCCAUUGGAAUGUGGAAGAUGGAUACGAUUUGCAUGUUGAUGAGAUUGAAAUUUAUCCGUAUCGCGUGUUCGGAGCUGGGCUACGUGACAUUUUAAGCAUGGUUCUAGGUAUUACGGUGGACAAUGUGCAUGGAAUAUGCAGUGAACUUGCACAGGGAUUCCGGUUAUUAUUACAUUUGCCUGACGAAUUACCUCGUCUGCCGCAAUACUUCGUUUUCAUUCCAAUCGAACAGGAAAUUUACAUUUCCGUCAAACCGAAUGUCAUCACCACAUCGAAUGGACUGAGAAGCUAUUCACCAGAAGAGAGAGGUUGCUUUUUCCGAAGCGAACAUCACUUGAGAUUUUUUAAAUCGUACAGUCAACUCAAGUGUGAACAAGAGUGUUUGGCAAAUUACACGAAAAACGAAUGCGGAUGUGUUACAUUCUCAAUGCCGAGAGACAAAGAAACAAAGGUGUGUACAAUGGUUGAUAUUCGGUGCUACAUCGAUGCUAGUGAUCGAUUUGCAAAGGAUCUUAUGGUUAAAACAUGUAAAUGCUUACCCGAUUGCACAUCAAUUACGUAUGACCUGCAGAUUUCACAAACUCCAAUUCAAUUCUUCAACUCGGAAGGUGACAUUGCGCAUUCGAAUACUAAAAAUGAAUCGAGCUUUGAAACGACCACCAAAUUGUUCAUCGGUUUCAGAGAGCAUCAUUUUAUAUCAAUCAAUCGAACGGAAUCGUUGACAUUCGCCGAUUUUGUGGCCAGUUGCGGUGGAUUGUUGGGCUUAUUCAUGGGCAUUUCACUGCUAAGUGUUAUCGAAUUGAUUUAUUACUUCACUCUUCGACUGUGCUGCAAAUUGAGACAACAAAAACCAUUGCGAAAACAUGUCCCGACUUGGGCCAAGCGCACAAAAUUCUCAGCAAUAAAACGGCAAUACCAACAACGACGAAUUUAUUAUUAA